AUCAACGCAACCUCUCUCUCACUCUUAAUUUUCACGAAAUUAAAUAAUUUAUAAAUAAAAAUAAUUACCGAAUUUAGAUUCCAAAUUCUUCAGACUCGCGAAUCCCUUUCCUUCUUCCAUUUUCCAUUCCGCCUGGGGGAGAAUUGCUCCUCCGUCUUAUGAGCUUGGGAUUCCGAUAGCCAUGGCCGGAACGGCGGAGAGAGCGCGGGCGGUGUUGUCGUCGCCGACGAGCUCGAGGUCGGUGACGCAGACGGUGAACGGCUCUCACAAGUUCGUGAUCCAAGGGUAUUCGCUGGCGAAGGGGAUGGGAGUGGGGAAGCACAUUGCGAGCGAUUUGUUCACCGUCGGAGGGCACCACUGGGCGAUCUACUUCUAUCCCGACGGGAAGAAUCCGGAGGACAAUUCCGCUUACGUUUCCGUUUUCAUCGCUUUGGCCAGCGAAGGCACCGACGUGAGAGCGCUGUUCGAGCUCACGCUCUUGGAUCAGAGUGGCCAGGGCAAGCACAAGGUUCACAGCCAUUUCGAUCGAUCGCUCGAGAGUGGUCCUUACACGCUCAAGUACAAGGGAAGCAUGUGGGGGUACAAGAGAUUUUUCAGACGGUCAAUGCUUGAAAGCUCUGAUUUCCUUAAGAAUGAUUGCUUGAAAAUCAACUGUACAGUUGGAGUUGUGGUUUCAGCAAUUGCUUGUCCUCAACUUCAUUCUAUUUAUGUCCCGGAGUCUGACAUUGGAUCACACUUUGGUGCGCUAUUGGAUAACAUGGAAGGUUCAGAUGUUACAUUUCAUGUAGCUGGGGAAAAAUUCCCGGCUCAUAAGUUGGUAUUGGCUGCUAGAUCCCCAGAAUUUCGAUCUAAAUUUUUUGAUGGUUUAGAUGUCGAGAAGAAGGAUAUUAUUGUAACAGAUUUAGAACCGAAGGUUUUUAAGGCUAUGCUGCACUUUAUCUACAGGGAUACCCUCACAGAAGAGGUGGACAAGGUUCCAUCAACCUCGGAUAGUGAUUUUCCAGUUUCUGAGACAUUGACAGCAAAAUUGUUAGAUGCAGCAGACAAAUAUGGCUUGAAGAGGCUUAGACUUAUGUGUGAGUCUCGUCUUUGCAAGGACAUUUGUGUGAAUUCUGUAGUCAGCAUUUUAACAUUGGCUGAUCAUUGCCAUGCCACAGAGUUGAAAGCCGUUUGCCUAAAAUUUGCUGCCCAAAAUCUAGCAGCUGUCAUGAGGUCAGAUGAAUUUGAGUAUAUGAAAGAAAAAUGCCCAUGGUUACAGUCAGAGAUCUUGAAGACAAUUGCUGGCUGUGAGGGUGAUAGUUGCAGUGUAGGGGAGAAGUCUCAGAGUGUAUGGGCCCAACUUUCAGAUGGUGGUGACACAAAUGGUAGGAGGGUCAGGCAGAGAAUCUGAUGACAUCUGCUGUCACACUGGUAUCUCUCUGAUUCUUUUGUAAUGCAGGCGAUCAUGUUCAAAAAAGAGGGGGCGGGGGAUAAAAACAAAAAACGCAAAGGAGGGGGAAAACCCUCGUGUCCAGCUUUUCCAUGUCAAUGGAAAGUUCUUUAGAAAUAACAGGUAGACUAGAUGCUAUGCGGGUCUUUUUACGUAAAAUGUCAACAGUGGGUGUAUGUUGUUAGUGGCGAGUAGUCAUUGGAAAUGUGCUCAUCUACAGUAGACUAUUAACCCUGACUAUACUUUGGAAGUGGAUGUUUGGUUGCUGGACUCAAUCCCUCUCAUCUUCUCUGUCCUUUUAACGGACUUGGUUCAAAGUCUAAUGUUUGUAGGAGUAGGUUCACUAGGACGGUUGUUGUUGUAGUAGUAGUUGUUAUUAUACCAUGUACAAAACAUUCAUUUUGUAACGAUUGUUUUUUCAUGGCACAUCAUACAGAGCCAGUGAUGAUGGUUAGGUGGUGUGUCUUCAAUCGACGUUUCUGGAUGACAUUAUGAGCCCAUCUGGCAUCAAUACCUCGUUUAUUUCCUUUUCUGGAUUCAAAAGAGGUUCAAGACCUUGUAUUCUGGAAAGACGGUAUUCUGAGGUCAAAUGUGAACUUGGAAGCGAUGUUUCU